GAAAUUCUGACGGCUUACAAUCUUGAGUAGGAUCGUCCACGAAGGUCUCCAUAUCAUACACAAUGUGCAUAGACGAGACAGUGUGACCGCCCGGGCGCGACUUGCAAGAACUAAGAGUUGGAUCGUUAUAUUUCUCUACGAGUUUAAAGAUUCGCAGAUUGACAUUUCAACAGUUGGGAUACGGCAUCGUGGAAUACCCGAUGCUGGGGACGAGGCAACCUUGAGCAAAGGUUGAAAGUCGUCAUCCCAACAUGACUCGUUUAGCUAGAGGUUCUCUUGGACUCUGCGUGAUACUGGGGAUAAUUGGAGCCGUGACUUGCAAAGUUUGGUCUGCUGAGGAUUGUCCCACCAAGCUACUGGCGUUUGAGCGAAGACCCUGCUUUCCUGCAAAUGUCACGGUGGACGACCAGGCCUGUGAAGCCGAGGGUUGCACGUUUUGCAACACCAACCUACGGGACUUGCCCACCUGUUUCAACAACACUCGACCGGGUCUCUACUGGGAAGCAGACGGCAGACAGGACUCAUGCCCGUCGAACAUCACCUUUGAGAAUCGCGUGGAUUGUUUUCAAAGUUCUGCGAGAACCUGCACAAUCUCCAAUUCCUGCACCCAGGCUUUCUGUUACGCUAUUGGAUGCGAGUGGUGUAAAAGUGACCAAGGCCAGCCGUACUGCUUCUACAAAACUGAGGAUGGUUUGGUAGUACCUCAAGCCAAGGUUGCUGUACAUCGCAACAUCGGAGGCACCUACGUAGCAACUGUAACCCGGCCUGCUCUACCGAGAGACAUACCCAAUACUCCCACUGCGUUGGCGUGGUAUUUGACAUUUACCUUCGGAGUGCCGGUCAAAGACGUCAAGUUCGGAAGUCCUCUCGCUAACUUUGUGAAGGGAAAUGAAGAUUACUCAUUUAUUAUGAGGCCAAAGCAAACGCACUGGAACCCAUUCGCUAAACAAGAGCACUUUUUACUCACGGCCACUUUGGACCGACAGGCACCCGCUUAUAGACCCGUCGCAAGAGGGCGUUUGAGCUUUGACACGGCUCCAAGGUAUGCACGGGAACCAGUCGUUCCUCAACUUGCAGGAUUCCUUGCUGGUGGAUGCGUGACCACUUUUGAGUUCGACCCUGCGAUUCAAAAUACUAAUUUUGGGAAGAUAGCGGUUACAUACCGUUUCACAUCCGAGCAAUCUGUGUUGUCUACUAUCAGACUGUUAAUACAGCGCAGUGUCUCCGCUAUUCUGUCACGGGUCUAUUAUGAAGCUUACAGUAUUGCGUACACCCAAGACUACAAGCUGUCAGUAUUGAACGUGAAACCAGAUGGAGCCGAGCGUUCUCCCGGAACCUUCUCCAUGGUUAUGCUGUACGACUCGUCUCAGAUCAAGGGAGAGUUGAACCCCGAACUGGCCUUCAUGAUCCAAAAUUCGUUACCGAGCAGGCCUUGUAGCCUGGAGUAUCAAUCUGAGGAGUGACCAGUCCGAGCUAACUUGUAACGUGAUCACACCUACCGGUUCUUGCUUAUGUUGGCGCAAAGUUUGUAAAGAUUUAUUCAUAUCUGGACGUGCGUCAAGUAACACAGGCCUGUUGCGUCAUUACGCAAGCUGUUCUUUUUUUUACAGUCAAAAAGUGAUGUUUUAGAUAAAACGCUUUGUCUUACUUUCAUUAGUAACCAAUUGUUAUGCACAAUAUAAUGGUCUAAUGCUUUCCUUAUUAUGCUUAUUAACUCUUACAAUUAAAGAAUCUCGACACGAGGUACUGGUGUGUACAUGUAUGUAGCCCUAAUAUUAAAAAAAGAUGUAGAAUUUGUUUAAACGUAUUUUAGCCCGUUCUGUAUUUGCGCGUGGUAAUAAGCAGAGUUUUGCGCAUUCCGCUUCAGUAAUGACUAGUUUUACAAAGUGGCACGUUUGAUUUUAGUGACAUUGGUGACGUUAAAACGCACGAUUGCAACUCGGCAGCACUCUUUAAGCUCAGAAAAAAAGGUCUCCGCGGGCGUGUUGGGAAAACCCCACUGUACGCAUGGAUUCCGACCCGCAGUCAUUCUCCAUCGAUAUAUACUAAACAUUCACAUUAAGGUCCUGAAGAAUAACAAUGUAUUGAGUCGAUUUUGUAGUAACCAAUAAAUCAAGUACCUACACGCACCAAG